CGUGACGAGCGGGCUGGUAAAUUUCGAGUGAUUCGAGAGUUGUCGGUCUUCUGAGCUCCAAGAAGCCGAUGGAGCCUCCAAGUCAGCGGACUACUUUUUAGUCUUUCUAGCUUGUUUUUCAGCCCCUCCGGACUAACUCCCCGACUAAGUCAUUGUCUCUGCUGCCAUGCCAUCCGAGUGCCGAGCAGUGGAAGCCGUCCAGGGUCUAGACCGCCGUAGAGUCCACUAGCCACCCACCUUCGAGCUGGGAUGCUCCGGAAGAGCAGCGCUGGAGGCGGCAGGCGACCCGGUCAUCAUGGCAACCAUUCCAAGUCCCUCACGCAGUCUCUGUCCACCGGGUCCACCAAGACCUGGGAUGGGGGCCGGCGCCGCCUCAGGGAGCGGGGCCUACUGAGCGGCAUGGGCCUGUUGUCUGGUCCUGUGGAGGCGCCCGGAGUGGACCCCGAGUACGUGAUGCAGCUGGUGGAUGAUGUCCGGUGCUUCGCCAACGUGCUGCUGUACCUCAAGGAGGCUUUCCAGAGUCCGGAGGUGGACGUGGGUCUUCAGCAGGUGGUGCAGGAGCGUCUGGCGGAGCUGCUGCGCGUCCUCAAGGCCGUCAUUGGAAAGCAUCAGGCCCUCAACUCGGCAGACAUCCUGGGGAAGGCCGGCACGGUCAUCGCCAAGGUGAAAGGCAUCGACUUCAAAGACUUGAGGCCAGAAAAGCGAGACGCCUUAUUCGGCGAGAUUCACACGUCCAUUGACGCUUUGGCAUUCACGUUCGGCAAUGUAGUUUCUGACUUCCUUAUGGGAGAUGCGGACAACGGUUCCGGGUUGGGGACCCCCCAGACCAGAAGAAGCAGGUCGUUCGACAACCUCGCCGUGGAUCUCCAGGAGUACGUGUCGGAGAAGAAUGACCUCGCCGGCCCAGAUGUUCCCCUGACGCGGGAGGAAGAAGUUGACUUGACCCUGCUGAAGCAUGACAGCGGGGUGGAGUCGGCGCUGCUGUACGCCAAAGCCUGGUCCAAGUACAUCAAAGACCUGCUGGCCUGGAUGGAGAAGAGGCUGAGCAUGGAUAUCGAGUAUGCCAAGAGUUACGCCAAACUGGUGGAGUCCGCCAAGCCGCUGGCAACCCAGCAGGACUACAUGCCCUUCAGCGACAUCUACAAUUCCACCUUCAAGAACGACCUUGAAUAUCAUCAGCUGCUCAUGCAAACGGCCCUGGCCCUGCAGACCAAUAAAUUCAUACAGCCCCUGGUGUCUCGUAAGAAUGAACUGGACAAGCUGAGGAAAGAUCUCAAGGAGCAGUGGCAGAAGGAGCAGAAGAAAAUGCACGAGGCAGACACCAGCUUGGGGAAGGCUCGGGCGCUGAAGGCGCUGAGGAGAGAGGAGUACCAGAAGGCCCGCUCCUCCACCAGCCGCUCCCUGGAGGAGCAGCCCAACAUUGGCAACAAGCAGCUGGAGAGGAAGAGAAAGCUGGAAGAGGAGGCCCUGCUGAAGGUUGAGGAGGCCCAGGAACAAUACCAGAGCUCCAUGGCUGACGUGGGCGUCAGGAGGAUGGACCUGGCCAACGUCAAACGCACCAUCCUCACGCAGAUCAGAGAGACGGUCUUCCAGUGCGACCUCACGCUGAAGGCGGUGACUGUGAACUGGUUCCAGAUGCACCAGGUCCAGACGGCGGGGCUGCCCGCUCACCACCAGGCCCUGAGCGACAGCGCCAAGCAGUACGAGCCGGGCAAAUGCUACUCUGAGUUUGUGCGUCACCUGCCCAAGAAAGUGUCCAGGGAGCGUGUCAACUCCGACUCGCUCUCCUCCGACAGGUUGGUGUUCAACAAGAGGUCCGUGGGCAGCAGGCAUUCCUCCCACGGGAACCUGUCGCAGGCCUCCCUCACCUCCUGUGACGUCCUGAGCGGGGACGAGGUGGACAGUCUGCUGCACCAGCCCCGGAUGGGCGAGCUGAGGUCCAGCAGCACGGACAUUCAAGGGCUGAGAAGCCAAGCGCCCCUCAGAGCCUGGACCUCCAGUAGUCCCGGGAGCCAGGGGGGGAUGUGCAGCGACUCGGAGAGUGUGGGAGGCAGCAGUGAGUCCAGGUCCAUGGACUCCCCCUCUGCUAGUCCAGGUGACUUCAAGCGGCGUCUGCCCAGGACGCCCUCCACCGGCACCAUGUCUUCUGCUGAUGACCUGGAUGAGAGAGAACCUCUAUCGCCUUUCGACAACGGUCUGGCGGAGAUGGUGACAGAGACGGCGCGUUCCCCCGGCCCCUUUCGAAACACCCAAAUGUCCAAAGCCGCCCAAACCCACAAGCUGAGGAAGCUACGAGCGCCGUCCAAAUGUCGGGAGUGCGACAGCCUGGUGGUCUUCCACGGAGCGGAGUGCGAGGAGUGCUCCCUGGCCUGCCACAAGAAGUGUCUGGAGACGCUGGCCAUCCAGUGCGGGCACAAGAAGCUGCAGGGACGCUUGCAGCUCUUUGGCAUCAGCUUCGCCCAGGCGGCAAAGAACAGCGCAGACGGGGUCCCCUUCAUCGUCAAAAAGUGCACCUCUGAGAUUGAGAGCCGCGCCCUCAACAUCAAGGGCAUCUACCGCGUCAAUGGCGCCAAGUCGCGUGUGGAGAAGCUGUGCCAGGCUUUUGAAAAUGGCAAAGACUUGGUGGAGCUGUCUGACCUCUCGCCGCACGACAUCAGCAACGUUCUCAAGCUCUACCUGAGACAGCUACCAGAGCCGCUGAUCCUGUACCGCUACUACAACGACUUCAUCGGCCUGGCCAAGGAGUACCAGCGGGCGGUGGCCGAGGAGGCCGACGCCCUGCGGAGCGCCCAGGCGCAAGGGGAGAAGCCCAGCGGUCCGAGCCCCCACCUCAACCGUGCGCUCCACCGGAUCAGGGACCUGCUGCGUCAGCUGCCGGCGACCAACUACUGUACUCUGCAUUACCUUGUGGCGCACCUGAACAGAGUGGCGGAGCAAGCCGAUGAGAACAAGAUGACGGCGAGCAACCUGGGCAUCAUCUUCGGCCCCACGCUGAUCAAACCCCGGCAGGCCGACGCCGACGUGUCCCUGUCCUCCCUGGUGGACUACCCGUACCAGGCGCUCAUGGUGGAGCUGCUGGUGCGACACUUCCCGGCCAUCUUUGGCGCCUCGGCGCCGGCCGGCUCCAACGCCGCCGCCCAGGAGAAGCUGCAGCGGCUCAGCAGACAUUCCGCCUCUUUGAUGGACAUUAAAGAGAGCACCAAAGCGUACAAGAGGUUCUCCUCCGUCAUCCCGUCCUCUCACAUCCUAGAUGAGGUCCAGGAGGUCCAGCCGGGAACGGACAGAACAGAUCCCUUGCAGGGACUCAACGGCGUCACGGAGGUCCAGAAGUCCACCAGCUCCUCUUCUUCACUGGCACCAAAGGUCCAACUCCGAGCCCACCGCACUCGCCUGGCGUCUCGGCCCAUCAGCAUGCCGCUGGAACGCCUGCCGAGUGCCGCCCAGGUCAGCGAGCAGAACAGCAGGAACAUGGCCGCCAAAGCGGUCGACCCCGUGGUGGAAACUAUCGAGGAGGUCUUGGAACCGGAGAGGUCCCGCCGCAGCGGCGCGUCCCGAGUCAGCGCCUACUACAUCACGCCGUUCAUCAACACGCAGGCCAUGCAGAGGAGGGCGUGGGACAGGAAGUACAAACAUUACGACGUCACGCCUCGGACUGCCAUGAUCAUGGCCAAGCUGCCUAACGCGGGGGUACCGCCCACUGCUGCUGCCCCAGCCGCCCCCGUCCCCGCCUUGAGUACUGUUAGUACCGUCUUCUCCAACAACCCCGACGCCAUGUCCGUCACACCAGACUCUUCCUCGCCUCUAACACUCAGACAGCCGAGGACUUUGCAGCCCCCCCCGGGGACCUUCUACAAGCCCCCCUCCACCUCCGGCAGCAGCAGAGCUCGGACGCUUCCCGACUGGACCCCCGGCGUCACCGCUACCACUGCCCCCGACCCAGAGCAGGCGGCGCCCCCCACAGCACCGCCAACCCGGCUCCAGACGCAGGACUCCACUGACAGCGCAAUCGACCCCGGGGUUGCGACCUCCGCUUCCCUCUCACCCCCCCAGUCGCCGCCCCCGAGCAGCCCCGACGACCUCAGCCUCGGCGAGACAAAACCCGUCUACCAGAGACCUCGGCGGCUUCAGGAGCUGGAACACCGGGAGGCCCACUUCGUCUGACCCCGCUCGGGUUUGGGCGGCUUGGGACAGUCCUCUGGAAACACAACACCAUGAUAGUGUUCUUAGUACUAACACCGUGAAAGGGUUCUAAGUACUAGCACCCUCAAAGUGGUCUAAGUACUAACAUCAUGAAAGUGUUCUAAGUACUAGCACCCUGACCGUGGUCUAAGUACUAGCACCCUGACAGUGUCCUAAGUACUAGCACCCUGACCGUGGUCUAAGUACUAAGUACUACCAUAUUCCAUCAUCUCACUGGAUCCAAAAGAAAGCCAAUCAUCCUCUUGUCUUUUAUUCGCACUUAAUGCAGCUUUUACUUGGAAUGUGCUUACUCAGCAUAUUUUCGUCUUUGUAUACUCCUUUUAAAUGUAUCUGUGAUUGGUACCUGCUACGGUAUGUAAACAGUAUUUAUCUCCUAUUGUACUCCCAUCAUACUCGCAUGUUCCUUUGUAGCGUUACAGUGAGACAGUGCAGAUGACCAACGGCGGUCCUCGCCGCCGCGGAUUAAAAUAUCUUCUUCAAA